CUAUCGGAAUAUCAAUGCCAUUCUUACCAAAGGAUUGCCAAGAUUUACACUGGUCGAAUAAUACUAAAAGCGGUCUGUACAAAAUUUAUCCUAAGGGGACCGGUGGAUUUCAAGUUUAUUGUGACAUGACAACUUCCGGUGGUGGUUGGACGGUUUUUCAAAGACGGCCGAAUGGAAAAAUUGGAUUCAACAGAUAUUGGAAGGAAUACAAGUAUGGUUUUGGUGUUCCAAGUGACGAACAUUGGAUUGUAAUAUUUUCCCCUAUGUAUUUUCUUUGUUAUAAACCACGUAACGAACGAAUACAUCAGCUGACAUCUCAGGGUUGGUAUGAGCUGAGAGUGGAUCUCUCAGACUUUCAAAACCAAAGGAGAUAUGCAUAUUAUCGAACAUUCUCUCUGGGUAACCUAGCCUCCAACUACCGUUUGACUGUCGGGGACUAUGAAGGAAACGCAGGCAAUUCUUUGGCAUAUCAUAAUGGUCGACCAUUCUAUACACGAGACCGUCAGGACAGCAGUGGUUGUCAAAAGGCGUACAAAGGGGGUUGGUGGUAUGGUGAUUGUCACCAUGCCAACCUGAAUGGUCUAUACCUAAAGGGACAUCAUUCUUCAUUUGCUGACGGUGUGAACUGGUAUCACUGGCUUGGGUAUCAUUACUCUUUGAAAACCACAGAAAUGAAAAUUCGAGACAAUAGAUAG